GACAAUGAAUUCUACACGACACUUCAAUGAUUUGAAUAUAACACACCAAACAUAGGAUUUCAUUUGACAAUGAAUUCUACGAGAUAAUUCAUUUUACAAUGAAAUGAAUUGUCGAUUCAUUUGGUACCAAAUACUCUUGUUACUUCCAUUCUUUUAUCCUUAACUAUACACACAGACAUCGGAGGACGGCGUGGAUUGGGAGUGGAAGCGGCGAUGAUUGAUGACCUGUGGGUGUGUCGCAGCAAGGACUGGAGUAGCUCUGUGAUGCUGUUGGUGCGGGUCUGCGAAGAAGAAAAAAAAAGAAGAUAUGAUUCACUUUGGAAAAAUGGAGUUGAAUCGUUUCAGCGCAAACAUGCAUGGUGGCCAUCACCGGCAACGAGCUACAAGCUGCCUCUAGAGGCGAGGCGGCUGAUCACUGCGGGUCGAGCCAUGACGCAGGGGAGGUAGCCGGAGCGGAUCAAAAUAGGAGGCCGAAUCUAGAUUUCUGGGUAGAAGCUCGAAGGUCGAAUAUGGAAUGGGGAAAUCGAAGAUCGAAGGUCGAAUCUCGUUCGUUGUCGAUUCGAGCUCCGACUCCCCAUUUCUCGUUCGCCAUCGAUUCAAACAUGCACGAUGGGAAAAUCGAGAUGCGUAAGCAUUGGGUCAGAUGGGGAAGACGAUGGGUUUGGAAUCAAAAUAUGGGUGUGGGAUUCACAUGGAAGAUGGGGAAAUCCAAUUUGAGUGCCGGAUCUGGAAUCCAAUUUUGGUAUGGGGUUGAAUUUAAUAUGCUUCCAUGGAUUCCUUGUUUCUAGAUUUUCGUCUGAGGAAGACGAUGGUACGAACACGAAGGAAUGGGGGAAAAUGGCAAAAAUCCCAUUUUCCAAUUUUAAUUGAUAUUUUUAUUAUUAAAAUAUGGAAUUCUAU